CAGAAGGUCAUGAUGAAAAACCUCCCUUUCUUGAGAACGGGGCCUUUUUUUGCAUAGUUCCAACUUAAUUGUGGAACUUGCCAUCAAAGGAUAAUCUUUUCUUCCUGGGUCGUGACAGAUUAUUACCUGUUUGUGUUCGAUGGGACGACGAAUUCACUUUGUGGUUGACCCUCAGGGUUGGUGCUGCAUGGGCCUGAUUAUCUUUGUCUGGCUGUACAAUACAAUCUUCAUUCCAAAAGUCAUCCUUUUUCCUCACUAUGAAGAGGGACAUAUUUCAGUUGUGGCAAUUUUCUGUUAUUACUUCUGCUCAUUGUUUUGUAUAGCUUCAUUACUAAGAGCCUCAGCAGCUGAUCCAGGAAAGCUACCUGAAAACCCAAAGAUACCAAUUACAGAACAAGAAUAUUGGGAAUUAUGUAACAAAUGCAAUAUGAUGAGACCAAAGCGUUCACACCAUUGCAGUCGUUGUGGACAUUGCGUGAGGAGGAUGGAUCACCACUGUCCAUGGAUUAAUAAUUGUGUUGGUGAAGACAAUCAUUGGCUGGUUUUACAGCUGUGUUUCUACACUCAGAUCCUUAGUUCCUAUACGCUGAUACUUGAUUUCUGCCAUUACUACUACUUUUUGCCUCUGAAAAAGGAAAACUGGGAUGUUUUUGUAUUUAGGCAUGAACUUGCUCUCCUAAGAAUAUCUGCCUUCAUGGGUCUAAUAAUAUUAGGUGGAAUAAGUGGACUCUUUUACACUCAGCUAAUGGGUAUUUUCACUUUAUCUGCACCUAACACGCCGUGGAUUUUGACUGAAGAAAAGAGGUCUGUUUGCAUCACCUUCUUUGUAGAUGUGUUCCUAAUUUGUUACCAGAUGUUUUCAUUGAAUCAUUUUCUAAUAUCUGACAAAUACAUUGGAAAUCUAUUUAACUAAAUUUAUCAGAGCAUAGAGGAAUAUAGGAGUAUUCCCUAGAUAUAACAUAGUGUAGCUUCAUUUUUCAUUUUGCAUACAAUUCUCUGAUUGAAGGAUUUAAAGUUAAAACUGAACUAGUAAUUUUCAGGCUGAACCUGAUUGUAAUUGAUAAAAUUAAUCAUAUUAUCUUAUGUGAGAAGUCUAGAUUAAGAAAACAAUGCUAAAAAGUGGCCAAAUGUAAACCCAAAAUGUAAUUAAUGCCAAAAAGGAGAAUUUCUGAAAUAUGAAGUACUCUUUCUAUGAGAUGUUCAGUAUUUUAUACUCUUCAAUUGCUUACCUGUCAUUUACAUACACACAAUGAAAGGAUGUUAGGUACAAGGAAUGAAAAAAUGUGUUGUUCAGAUAGAGGAUAUGUUGUCUUACACUUUCGGAUAACAGCAAUGGCUGCAAACCCAGGAGGGCUUGCAGGUUUUGUUUUUUUUUUCUCUUUCUGCUUUAUCAUACUUUCCUGCUGGUUCUGAUAUACUGAGUAUUUGAAAAUACUAUAUUAAGAAAGUGUGGCAUAAUGCUUACAUUCUUCUAUUGCAAGUAUUAAAUGGAGCUGUAUUGAUUACAUGUCACUUUAAGCGAACACAGAAGAAAAAUUGAACCAGAGUUUGUGGCUGCGUGCUUUGGAGUUGGUUCUGUGAGUUACAAAUUACAGCUUCUCCUUUGGAAAACAUGAAUCAGUAAGAGGAAAAUAUUCUUUCCAUGUGCUUCUUCCAUGAUAAAUUAGUUCAUGAUGAAUCCCAUCCUAUAGCACAGUUUGUUAAACAGUGCGUGUGAUCUUUUUAAAAAACCUGUUUUUUCAGGCAGUUGGUUGUGCUAAUUAAAAAUAUAGAUGUGAAAGCUGUAUUCCUCUUAGUAGCUAACACAGGUGCAUUCAUUUGCAAAUGAAUCUUAAGCUGGUCUGCAGAAUUCCGUCGGCGCUGUUACAUAUGUCUCUCCAUUCCUCGUGUAACAGUCUUAGCUGUGGCAGUAGCUUACUUCACUUAGAGUAGGCAAGCUGCUCUUGCAGACUUGUAGUAAGUCCUCAAAGCAAAAAACAAUUCCUCAUCUCCUCAGCAGAAUCUGAAGCCUUUGCCCGUUUCCUCUUGUUUUAAAGUGAUAUGUUGUUAAUGAUUGCUGUGUUUAUUUCCUUUAAUUUCUUUUGCCUUUCUCACUAAGGUAUGAUUUUUUUUUCCUAGUUGCUUUAAGAUGCUUAUCAGUGGGUAUGUAUCUCUGAAUAACCAGGUGCAGGAACAAUAGUUGUUUCCAAUCUGGAUGAUGACUUUGGGGGUCCAGAUGACCCAUCGUGUGAAAUUAAUCAGUUGUGGGUUAGUCAAUUUUGUCUUGAUUGCAAUUGUAAAUUUUACGGGAUUUUUGGAGAUAGAGAUUACUAGGACUCCAUAGAUAUGCCAUGUUUGCCCAUAGCAAGUUAUUUUCAACUUUUGGAUGAGUGCCAAUUCUCCAAAAGAUUUUAACAUCAGCAUUAGCUGUGAGUCUGGGGAAAAAAAAAUCUUAGCAGAGAUCUGUUUGUAUUAAUAGUAAUCCAAGCUGAUAGUAGAUGCAGACAGCCAAAGCCUCUUACGCUGAACACAGUAAUGCUGAUGUUGUAGCAAAACCUUGGUAUACGUGAAAUGCAUAAUUAAGACAGAUGAUAUUCUGGUUGAAAGCCAUUCGUGGGACGUGUUAAUGAACAGAACACCUUGUCGUUCAGAAGAAUAGUGGUUAUUCUGGUCCUCCUGUCUCCAAAAGGAGAAAAAUUCAUCAGUCUGAGAAGAAAGCCUUAAAUAACAGGCCAAAACUCAACUGUGGCCCUCUCUCUUUCCUUCCUCUCCUCUCUCCAGAGGGGCUACUGAGUUUCCUGGGGUGCUGUGAAGUUUCACUUUCAUGUGAAAUGGUAAAUUGGUUCAUUCUCAAAUGAAAGUACAUUUCAAAUGAGCCCAGCUGUUUUGCAGCACUGUUGGGGGAGGGAAGCUGUGAGGGGAAUUUGGUUUCUUAAGUUCAGUCACCAGCACUUGCUAAGCAGCUAAACUUCAGAGGGAGAUGUUUCCUCCCAUUCCCUCUAGCCCUAGUUCACAGCUUUUAAAAUGUGGCUAUAAAGCUUUUUUAAUUCUGAAAAAGUAUCCCAGAAGCAAAGGAUUCACUGCUCAGUCCCAAUUCCUUUACUGUAAAGCAAAAGUAUUCUAAAGUAGAUGUUGGCAUUUUAAUGGAAGAAGAAGGAAGGGAGGAAGGAAGGGAGGAUUUCCUUUGACUUCCUAUCCAACUAAAAUCCUUAGUAUGUUUUAAAGGUGUGGAAGCUUGACAGUCUUUUCUUACGGUCAUUUUCUGCAGUUCUUGUUUUGAUGCUUUCACUUAGUUCAUUAAUUUAAUGGGUUACAUUUUUGAGAGAAGCAGACCCUGAUGAGCAUCUUUCAGGUCUUGAUAACGUGCCAUGAUAACAAUUAAAAAGGAAUACAACCCCCAGUUCCCAACCUGGGAUUUCCUCCAAAAAUCUCAGAUACAGUGUUUUAGGGAGCCGUACAAAUGUAGUAAUGAAUAAACAAUGUGGAGAAACAUAGCAAGAAGCCAUAUUUAAGGUGUUAUUUUGUUAUGUUACUUCUGCACCCAAAGCUGUUUUAAGGCUCCUUUUGUGAAAUGAUAGCAUAAACCUUUGCUAACUAGAAAUCAAUUAUAAUAUGGACUAGCAUGCUACUGCUGUACAAAAAAUCAUUAGCAAUCAUUGCUUUCAAACAUACCAAUAUUAUUUUGUAAUACUAUCAGGUAGACAGCUUUGAGUUGACCAGAGGAUAAUUCCUAGAGCUGAGAUAUUUUUGCAGUUAUGGAAGGAGCUACAGCAUCUCAUGAAAAUGCCGUUACAACCUCACCGAAAUGUCAUGGAAGUAAUAUCUGUGUUUAUUUAGUCCU